CUCGCUGGACGUCGGGGUGUCCCGGGGUGAAAACUAAACAGAAAAAGGCGGGGAUAGUUUCUUUGUGUAGGCAGCAACGUGAAGAAAACAAACGUACCCGGGAACACGGUGCAGGGCGAGGAGACGGAACGAGGUCGGCACAUGAAGUUAGCAGACAGUUAGCAUGGACUCUACAGGACAAUAUUCCUAACCUGGAUGAAUUCUUUCCAUCUGUGGAGACUUCCGGACUAGAGGAAUAUUAAUAAGACAGGAAAGGACGGGGACUGAAGGUUUAGGACAGCCUCCAGCUCAUCUGUGGGACGAGACCCUUCUGACUUCAGGACGUCCGUCUGGAAUUAGUUCCCCCUGAAGAACAAGAAUGAGUUCUCCACAAAAGAGAGGAGGAGAGGUACCCAAACGUCACCAUUGUCAACACUGUGACAAAUCCUUCACAACAUCUGGAUAUUUAAAGAUUCAUCAGAGAGUUCACACUGGAGAGAAUCUACACAGCUGUGAUCAAUGUGGGGCAGCUUUCACACGAAAGAGUUACCUAAAAAACCAUCAAAGCAUUCAUACUGGACAGAAUCUUCACAGCUGUGAUCAAUGUGGGGCAACUUUCACACGACAGAGUGACCUAAAAAGACAUCAAGGCAUUCACACUGGAGAGAAGCCGUACAGCUGUAAUCAAUGUGGGACCGCUUUCACACGACAGAGUGACCUAAAAGUACAUCAACGCAUUCACACUGGAGAGAAUCUUUACAGCUGUGAUCAAUGUGGGGCAGCUUUCACACACCAGAGCAACCUAAAAUUACAUCAACUCAUUCACACUGGAGAGAAGCCGUACAGCUGUGAUCAAUGUGAGACAACUUUCAGGCGACGGAGUAACCUAAAAGUACAUCAACGCAUUCACACUGGAGAGAAUCUUCACAGUUGUGAUCAGUGUGGGGCAGCUUUCACACAUCAGAGUACCCUAAAAGUACAUCAACGCAUUCACACUGGAGAGAAGCCGUACAGCUGUGAACAAUGUGGGAAAACUUUUUCUCGUAGUAGUAACCUUAAAACCCAUCAGCGCAUUCACACUGGAGAGAAGCCGUACAGCUGUGAUCAAUGUGGGGCAACUUUCAGACGACGGAGAGACCUAAAAGUACAUCAGCGCAUUCACACUGGAGAGAAGCUGUACUGGUGUGAACACUGUGGGAAAACUUUUUCUCUGAGUAGUACCCUUAAGAGACACCAGCGCAUUCACACUGCCUCGUAGCGAACAUGUUUAAGAGCCAAACUGUUUCCUCCUGCCUCCUCCUCAUGCCCUGAUAGCUGUGUUGUUAUAUUCUGAUCUUCUUUCCACAUUGAAGGCUGACCAAUUCAUAAAACCCAAAUCCCCUCACUGUUUACCAAGGUGAUGUCAAAUUUUGUCCCUUAAGACGAACAAAAGAAUCAAACAUUCUUAACUGGGAAGCUUUAAUCAGAACGUGUCUGCUGCUGCUUAAAAAAUGACUUAGUUAGACAGUUUGUGUUUAAACUGCGUCUGUGCCGCUGCCACCUUUGGACAGACAACUGAUCUUAAAGACUCAGAAAACUACUUUUUUUUUUACUGCUUUUGGAUAUUCUUAUGAAAUAAAUGCUAAACUAAGCAACAUGGAAUAUAAUUUCACAGAUAAAAGUAUGUUUUACAAUAUUUAACUAUUACUAAAGCGUUGAAUUUAUUAUCACAAUAGGUAACAUUAAUUCUUCUUUUAAAGGGAUAUUUCACCGCUGGAAAGAUGAAUAUGUAUUAAAUUGGGUAAUUUUUGUAGUAGAAAUGUGAAACAAUUUUAGAAGUUGGUGCUCGCAGAGGCUGUGAUUUUGAAAAUGAACUAGUCAAACCAAAGUGAGAACAAUGACUACAUAACCUAAGAUAACUUAGAAAAAUAUCUCUUUACAUAUAAAUGAAAAUAUUGUGAUACUAUACAGCAUAAGACACAAUUUCAGGGUAGUUAUGAUGAAAAUAUGCGGUAUGCCCCAACGUUGUUUAAUAUCGCAAUAAUGAUAUUACUUGCGAUAAAUAAACAUUAAAAUGUACUAAGUUCUGCCUUUCUGCUGCUUAGUAUUCUGCUAAAAUACAACAAAUUGCUUGUUGAAUUUAAAACCAAUGAAAGGAAAGAGGAGCCAUGGUGUGUUUUGUCAGUUACAUUUUUUUUUUUUUUUUGCCAAAUGUUAAUGGUUCAGCAGAUAAAAUACCCAUAAUACUAUACUAUACUCCAUACAGAACAUAACAUGUUAUUAUUAAACACUCUUUCCUUCUAUGUCCUGUUAAAUCACAGAUUUGAUCCUCGUGUUCUGGUAUUCAUAAGUGACAUCCUUUUAAUAUUCUCACAAAUUCAGAUCAAAACAAUGAAAACCUGUGAGCAGUACGAGACUAGAGUGAGUUGGUUAAUUUGUGUUUAGUGCCCUGUAAUGUGUGGAAGGCUUUAAUUUGGACACAGUUGCUCUGAUAUUCAUGGAAAUUGGUACACACGUUGCUCUCAUUAUUACGGACAUAUUUCUAAUUUACUUUUAUUAGCUCCACCCAACUUGAAGUUGGCCAUUUUAAUUGUAUGUCAUUGUUGUUUUGUAGUUUACCAUCAUAUUAUCUUCUUUUGUGAACUUUCAUUUAAUAAUCUUUGUCUGACAUUUCAUAUUCCCUGUUUGUAUUUUCUGUGACUGAAUGUGGUUUUAAAUCUGUUGAGGUGUGUUCAGACUGGAAGUAAAGACUCUGAUGAUGAUGAUGAUGAUGAUGUUUUCCAGCCAACACUAAAGAAUGGUGGAACAGCAGGGAACAGACCAAGUCAAAUAGCAAACAGCUGAUUUAUUCAUCUGACUUGUAAAUUAAUGUCAAUGAUUUCAUUUUAAACAUCUUGAAAUUUGAAAAAAAUGAAUGCUUACUCAUGCAAAGAAGCUUAUGCUCGGUCCUGGACGUAGCAGCAGACUUGCAGGGAUUUCUGGACCUCUUCAGUUCUCUGAACAGAAUAAAUGAAAUAAAUCGAGGCCUCAUGCUGAUUA